AUGGAAGCAAUAUUUACACACCUAAGCUUUAUUAUCAAUUCUGCUAGUAAAAGUGAAUACAACUUCUCAAAAAAAUGUAAAAAUUAUUUCGAUUAUCAACCACCAGCUGAAAUCAUAUUGAAUACAACUAAAGAACGGGCUUAUUAUAUUCCAUUGAAACAGAGUCUGUCUUCUAUGCUUCAAAAUGGUCAAUUACUGCAGGCGAUAAUUGAUAAUAUUAAUUCUUUAUCAACUCGUGCAACUAAAGGCAACGAUCUAAUAUUAUCCAAUCGACAAAGUCGUUCAGUUAAAUCAAAUCUUUCUCGUCAAACAAAUUCUAAUGCUUUAUUAUUGAAAUUAUAUACAGAUUGUAUUGCUAUUACAAAUCUAAUUGGUCCUAAGAAAGAUUCGCACAAGUUUACUUGUUUUUAUUAUUUGUUGGAUGAUUUACCUGAUAUCAUUCGAUCGCAAGUUAAUUCAAUAGGUUUACAUUGUAUAUGUUAUACAAAACAUUUGAACAACGAUAACAAUAGAUUGAUAUUAAUGAAGAUACUUGUGGAAGAUCUUAAUAAACUUCAAACUGAAGGCAUCACAAUUCCUUGUCUUUCCAGUAGAAUUUAUUUCAUUUUCUCUACUUUGUGCGGUGAUAAUUUAGCCUCCAAUGAAGAUUCAUCAAAUAAACCACCACCUGUCAAAAAGCAACAACUAACUCAUUCGAAUAUUGCUAGCUCUGCUAGUCAAAAAUUAUGUCUUUUUCGUUUAUUCCCUCUUGUCUUUCACGAUAUUAUUGAUGAUCUUACCCUACUUCCUCUAUAUACUAUUUUACGUGAAAUUAUAAGUUACAUCUAUUCCAAUCCACUUAGAAAGUCAUGGUUAUCGUACUUAGAUAGUUUAUGUAAACAAUUUCAUUCUCUUAUGAUCGAAUACUUACCUGAUCAUGCAAUACCAAAAGUUCAUUUCAUAACCGAAUAUCCUCGUUCUAUUGAAAUGCAUGGACUCCCCAUAUUGAACUCCUGCAUUCGUUUUGAAGCUAAACAUUUAUAUUUCAAGCAAAUUGCUAUUCACGAAGACAUUGAUGGUUCAACAUUGGUUUUACUUCAACAUAAUGAUAUUGCCGAAAUAUUUCCUCGAAUAAAAGAUCGUGUAAAAUUUGUUAAUCAACUUACAAAAUUAACUUCAAGCUUGAGCGAACAAAAUGAAAAUAUUGAUGGAACAACAACAACAGCUAAUGCAUUUGAUUUAACAUCAUCAUCAUCAUUUAAACCUGUAGAUUCAAUACAAGAGAAUGAUACACUUGAUUCAUCUGUUUUAACUGAAAAACAUCAAUCAAAUAAUGAUAUUCAUCAAAUAACAGAUGCUAAUCUUUCAUCAAGUAUAAAUUUUCCUGAUGAUAAUGAUGAUGUUCAUGCUAAAGCAAAAUUACCUUCAGAUUAUCAAGGUCCUGAUUUAACUAUCAGAAUGCAGCAUUGCAUUGAUGACAAUAAUAUUUCAAAAUUUAAUCCACAUAUAGCUUUGCAUGGUGAACUACUAUCGCUUCUUUUUGAUGGUGGAACAAAAUCACAUAAACUACUUUAUCCAACUAAUGAUGAAUAUUUGACUAUGGCAAAGUGUUUGGUAAAGAAACUGCAUGUUCCUUCAGCAUUGUAUCAUGAUGCAGUGCCAAUUAUUAGUAUAACUGAUGGACAAAAUGAAAAUCUUUUAUCUAUAGUUGAUCAAAGGAAAUUAGAAUUGCUUAAAGAUAAUCCUGAUCUUGAUAUGUUUCAUAAUCUUUGGCAACAAUCAUUUAAUAUUCGUCGUUUAUGUAUUCGUGAUUUAACUGCAACUGAAAUACUUGAACGUUUUCCCGGGUAUCGUCUUUCAGAAAUGAUAAGUGCUACUCAUAAUAAUGUAUCACCUAUUCGUGUGAUUCGUAUUCUGUGUAAAUUUUUUGGUGAUCCCGUUGGUAAUAUAUUUACUAAUGAGGAUGUACUUGUACCUUAUCCAUGUAUGAAAAUUCAUGAUGACCGAUUUGAGAUUUACCUGGACUUUUGUUUAAUAACAGAAACUACUUCUUAUUCCACAGCUCUUGCUCUUCUUCUCUCGUUAUACUAUGUUUUUGAAAUUCGAUUUGGCUUACAUAAUCGAACAUGUCGUCUUCUUUACGGCAUAUUAUUUGAAGAUUCACAUUAUCUCAAUAAGGCACUCAAAAACUUGCUCAAUAGCUGGCAAUAUGAAAUUGUUAAUCGACCAUUGAUGAAACGACAAGCAAUGGUUACAAAUCUGAUCGAAAAUUUUACUCAACCAUCAAUCGUGAACAAAAACUCAUCUUCAUCUAAUAAUGCAAAUGAAAUUGUUGGUGAAUCACUUGAACAAAUUGAAGAAGAUCAAUAUUCUUCGUCUAAUUUAAAUUUUACCGGGUCAACCAAUAUUGAUCAACAAUUUCUUAAUCAACACACUGAUGAUGAUCUUAAUCAACUAUCAAAUUCUGAUGAUGAAGAGCUUAAUCACUUAUCAAUAGCUUCUCCACUUUCUAUGUCUCAAUGUAGCUCGCCAGUAAUCUAUCAAAGUCAAACAACAUCAUCAUUUACCAUAGAAGAUCAUUCCAGCAAUAUAUAUUUAGAGAAAACAAAAAGAAUCUAUCCUCCGGAUAAAUCCUCAUCAAAAGAGCAGUGUGAAGAUGAACCAGAUACAUAUACAGAAGGGAAAGAACCUCAUUCAGCAGCUAUUAACCGAAAACGUAAACAACAAACUUCAUCUUCAUCCAUCACAACAACUGCAAAAUAG